UGCUGGAGAUGUGCAGUUGUUGGAUCCCCACCGAAGAAGAAGAAGUGCGGCUAAUCGCUUGAGGAAGAAUCACGUUUACCCAGUCAUUGUUGUUGUAGGCUACUAAAAUAUGGAAAAAUCUCUCAAACUGCACUCCGAUCUCGCAGAAGACGUGGCUACGUCCUCGAGCUUUCGUCAAUUCAAGAUAAAACACUUCCACUUGGAUCUAAGCGUGGACUUUGAGAAGAGAACUUUGAGAGGAACUGAAACGCUACAGCUGAAAUGCAUCCAAGAUUCUCAAAGCGAGCUACUGUUGGACAUUCAUCCCUCUCUCUCAAUGCAAGAGGUGUCCUACUGCCGAAGUGAAGAUGAUUCGGAUUCGGUGAAAGUAGAAUUCCUGACGCGCAACUUCACCAGUUAUGGCACCACACUGGUUGUAAAAUUCCCAUCACCAUGUAAAAUUGAGGAACAGUUUCGAGUGGUGGUCAAGUUUGUUGCAUCCGAUGGACCAGGGGUGUGCUGGCUGGAUCCAGAGCAGACAGCUGGGAAGGCCAAGCCUUACGUCUUCACCCAGGGCCAGGCCGUGCUCAACCGCUCCUUCUUCCCCUGCUUUGACACGCCGGCCGUCAAGAGCACCUACUCGGCCUCCGUGAAGGUUCCUGAUGGUUUCACAGCAGUGAUGAGUGCCAGUAAAGGAGAACACAGGAUGGCAAACAACACGUUCCUGUUCACCAUGGAACAGCCCAUCCCCUCCUACCUGGUGGCCUUGGCUGUAGGAGACUUGGUCUCUGCUGAGGUUGGGCCAAGGACCCGAGUGUGGACAGAGCCAUGCCUACUGCAGGCAGCCAAGCAGGAGUACGACGGAGUCAUCGAGGAAUUUCUGGCUGUGGGGGAGAAACUAUUUGGACCCUACGUCUGGGGAAGGUAUGACGUGCUGUUCAUGCCACCGUCAUUCCCCUUCGGGGGCAUGGAGAACCCCUGCCUCACCUUCGUCACCCCCUGCCUCCUGGUCGGAGACCGCUCACUGGCUGACGUCAUCGUGCACGAGAUCUGCCACAGCUGGUUCGGUAAUCUGGUAACCAAUGCCAACUGGGGCGACUUCUGGCUCAACGAGGGCUUCACCAUGUACGCCCAGCGCCGGGUGUGCAGGGAGAUCUACGGAGAGGCCAUCACUAGUCUGGAGGCAGCGACUGGGAGGGCUUUACUCAGACAGCACAUGGACAACACCGGAGAGGACCACCCUCUCAACAAACUGCGUGUGAAGAUCAAACCAGGUGUUGACCCUGAUGACACUUACAAUGAGACGCCUUAUGAGAAGGGCUUCUGUUUCGUCUCCUACCUGGCCCACCUGGCUGGAGAACAGAGUCACUUCGAUGCCUUCCUCAAGGCCUACGUUGACAAGUUCAAGUUCUGCAGUGUUAUGGCCGAGGACGCCCUGGAGUUCUUCCUGGAGUAUUUCCCUGACCUGAAGAAGAAAGGAGUACACAAUAUUGAGGGUCUGGAAUUUGAUAGCUGGCUCAAUGUGCCCGGUUGGCCUCCCUAUCUCCCUGACCUGUCGGCUGGCCAGAGCCUGAUGAAGCCUGCUGAGCAGCUGUCAGAGCUGUGGGCUGCCGAGGGCCUGGAUAUGGCCAGCAUCAAGAAGACCAACAUCCAGUCCUGGGAGACUUACCAGGCUGUCUACUUCUUGGAGAAGAUCAUAGAGAAGUCCCCACUGCCUAGAGGUAAUAUGGAGAAACUGGAGGAGCAGUACCCUCACAUCGUGAAGUCAAACAACGCUGAGCUACGACUGCGCUGGGCCCUGCUCGUCGCCAAUAAUCAUCACCAGCCAGGAUAUCAACAUGUGCGCAGUUUCCUCAGCUGCCAGGGGAAACAGAAGUACACAUUGCCUGUGUACCGUGCACUGUGGAAUGGAUCAGCGGAGACCAGGGCUCUGGCCACAGAGAUCUUCAAUGCCACCUCCCAUCAGCUCCAUGUCAACGUCCACAACUACGUCAAGAAGAUCAUAGGAGCUGAACAUGCGAUCUAGUCUAACUGACCCUGGCCUAGAGAUAUAAUAGAGGAGGAGUAGUAGUCUUACCCAGUACUUUCAGAUGGCCUCCUUUAUUUAAAUGUACUGUACCAGGUUAGGUUGAGAUGCCAAUAUCAUCUUGUUUUUCUCUAGCCUGGUCAGUGGUCACAAAGGAAGAGGCCAUUUGACAUCUUUCACAUGCAUCUUUUAUGGUUAAUUUUUUGUAUUUACGCAGGCCAGCCUGAAAGGCUCUGCUGUGGGCAUAUCUUACUUAAAGCACUUACUAUGGGAGGGCAUAAAACUGUGUAAGUAGUAUUUGUAAAAAAUUUAAAUAAAAAGGAUAAAUAUAAUUAAG